AUGGCUUCCUGUUACUUCAACCCAAUUCCUACUAGCUCUCGUCUCAUUUCAGCAGACUUAUCUACAAAAUUCAAGAUUCCAAAGCUUCUUCACAGGAAAAAGAGGUUUGGUGCCUUGUCCAGAUCUUCAAAAAUUACUGCAUAUUAUGGCUUGAAGACCCCUCCUUACGAACAUGAUGCAUUACAGCCAUACAUGAGUAAGAAGACAAUUGACAUACACUGGGGAGAGCAUCAUCGGAAUUUCAUUGAAGGUUUGAACGAACAGCUGGGAAAGGAUGAUAUACUAUAUGGUUACACCUUGGAUGAACUAGUCAAAGUGACAUACAAUAAUGGGAAUCCCUUAGCUGAAUUCAACAAUGCAGCUGAGGUUUGGAAUCAUGACUUCUUCUGGGAAUCCAUGCAACCGGGAGGCGGUGAUAUGCCCAUACUAGGUCUCCUUCAACAGAUCGAAAAGGAUUUUGGAUCAUUUACGAAUUUCAAAGAGAAGUUUACAGAAGCUGCACUCACGUUGUUUGGUUCUGGCUGGGUUUGGCUAGUUUUGAAGAGAAAAGAGAAACGACUAGCCAUUGUUAAAACUCCAAACUCCUUUUGCCCAAUUGUGUCGGGUGACAUACCAAUUAUCAAUUUGGAUUUAUGGGAGCAUGCAUAUUAUCUGGAUUACAAGAAUGACAGAGCAGCGUAUGUGAAUGUAUUUCUGAACCACCUUGUGUCUUGGAAAGCUGCAACGGAACGCUUGAUCUGGGGAGAGGCUUUUGUGAAUUUAGGAGAACCUAACGUUCCUGUUGCAUGA